GCCGGCCGACAGGCGACCAGGAACCUCCAAAGUUAUGGAACCGCGCUCUCCUAGGAUAGGAGGCUGGCCAGCCAAUAAGGCUGCCAUCCCGCUGACUGCGAGGCUUUCCUUCUUAACUCUCCGGUGAUACUAGUUUGGAGGGCUUCCGGCCGGAGACCAUUAGGAAAAUCACCCGGAAGGCGGAAGUCCUAGGGCGGAAGUGGCCGAGAGAAAAGGAGAAUGGCGGCUGAGGCCUGGCUUUGGCGCUGGGGCUGGGGCUGGGGUCAGCGGUGCCCAGGGAGGCCUGGGCUUCCUGGCCCCGGCCCAGGCCUCACUACGUUUCUACAUUUACUUAUGUUGCUGGGGCCGGUGGCUGCGGACAUAACCGACGGCAACAGUGAGCACCUCAAGCGGGAGCACUCGCUCAUCAAGCCCUACCAAGGGGUCGGUUCCAGUUCCAUGCCGCUCUGGGACUUCCAAGGCAGCACGAUGCUAACGAGCCAGUACGUGCGUCUGACCCCUGACGAGCGCAGCAAAGAGGGCUCGAUUUGGAACCACCAGCCGUGCUUCCUUAAGGACUGGGAAAUGCAUGUCCACUUCAAGGUCCAUGGCACAGGGAAGAAGAAUCUCCAUGGAGAUGGCAUCGCCUUGUGGUACACCCGAGACCGCCUUGUACCAGGGCCUGUGUUUGGAAGCAAAGACAACUUCCACGGUUUGGCCAUCUUCCUGGACACAUAUCCCAAUGAUGAAACCACUGAGCGUGUGUUCCCGUACAUCUCCGUGAUGGUGAACAAUGGCUCCCUGUCAUAUGAUCACAGCAAAGAUGGCCGCUGGAGUGAGUUGGCAGGCUGCACAGCUGACUUCCGCAACCGGGACCAUGACACCUUCCUAGCUGUACGCUAUUCCCGGGGCCGCCUCACGGUGAUGACUGACCUGGAGGACAAGAACGAGUGGAAGAACUGCAUCGACAUCACCGGGGUGCGCCUGCCCACUGGCUACUACUUUGGAGCCUCUGCUGGCACCGGUGACCUGUCUGACAACCACGACAUCAUCUCCAUCAAGCUCUUCCAGCUCACGGUGGAACGGACGCCUGAGGAGGAGAGCAUUGACUGGACCAAGAUCGAGCCCGGUGUCAAUUUCCUCAAGUCUCCUAAAGACAAUGUGGAUGACCCCACUGGGAACUUCCGGAGCGGGCCCCUGACGGGGUGGAGGGUGUUCCUGCUGCUGCUGUGCGCGCUCCUGGGCAUCAUCGUCUGUGCCGUGGUGGGCGCUGUGGUGUUUCAGAAGCGCCAGGAGCGGAACAAGCGUUUCUACUGAGGCCGGUCUGCCUGGGAAGGGCCUGACCUGGGCCGGGCUCUCAUGUGAACUUUUUUCUACUGGGAUUGUAAAAACCAAUGGACCUUAUUUCUUAACUGUUUCAAAGAAAUAAUUAAAAUAUUUUCUUACA